AAAGCUGUGGUGGAGUUGUGGUCCGUCGAUCCGGUGACCCGAUCGUCGUGUGCUCUGAGUUUUGGCAAUAAUAUCCUCUGCGGGUCGUAUAAGAAAGGCCGGACAUGUAGGGGUGAUUCUGGCGGCGGUUGGAUAAGUUAUAACGACCGGUACGGCACUGAAGCGGUAGUGUUGGGCAGCCAUUUAGGAUCUGAUGCAAGCGGUGAAAUGAAUGCAGAGUUUGUAUCGAAAGGCGAUUACAAGAAUCACCAGAAAUAUGGCAUAAAUACCGAUGAAUGCGGUCUAAAAUAUGAACCGAUUUUAAAAUGCUAUCAAACCAAUCAUUCAAUGAUACAAAUAUUGGACGAAGAGGUCUACUAUCAUAUGAACGAACCGGACAUCACUUCAAGUCGUAUAGCGGAUGGCGAGGACGCUGUGGUGUCUGGCAAACCAUUGCAAGCACCAUGGGCAUUGUUCCGUCAUUGGAGUGGAAAAUAUGUGAUCAGGGCGUCGCCGUUCAGAUACACAGGCUUUCAGACCCGACAUAUUAACCAAACAUUUAACUCGUCGAGCGGUGCGGACUUGGCUUUGAUUCAAACGGACCGACCUUUUACUCGACUCCGGGACCGAACCCUAAAGAGACACUACUCUAUAAACACCGUAUGUUUGCCGGAAAUGAAGCGGAGUUUUGAUUCGGGAAAUGUGACUGUUUUUGGUUUCGGAAUCACUGGAGACGACGGCUCGCAAUCCGAUAAACUACAGAAAGCUAUACUAGAAUUGUGGUCCUAUGAUCCGGUGGACCACGCGGUUUGUGAUCUGGGUGUUGGCAAGAAUCACUUGUGUGCCAAAUAUAUCGGUUAUGGCCGGUUAUGUCAGGGUGAUUCUGGCGGCGGUUGGAUUCGGUAUAACGACAGGUUCGGCACUCAAGCAGUAGUAUUGGGCAUCUAUUCAGGAUCUGAUGGUAAUCUAUGCAGCAAACGGCGGACAAUUGCCGUCUCUAUAAUUAUUAUCUCACAAUUGACUACAAAAAUAAGUGCAGAGUUUGUAUCGAAGGGCGAUUACAAUAAUCACCAGAAAUAUGGCAUAAAUACCAAUGAAUGCGGUCUAAGAUAUGAACCGGUUUUGGUUGAUAUAAGAUUUCCUAAGAAAUGUUUUCAAACUAAUCAAUCAAUGAUUCAAAUACUGGACAAAGAGGUCUACUAUCAUAUGAAUGAACCGGAAAUCACAUCAAGUCGUAUAGCGGAUGGCGAGGACACUGUGGUGUCGGGAAAACCCCUAAUAGCACCAUGGGCAGUUAGUAUUCACUAUAGGACACUGAACAUUAUGGACUCCGCCCUGUGUUCCGGUGUAUUAAUUGCAAUGAAUUGGGUCUUAUCGGCCGCCCAUUGUGUAGAUAACUUUUGGAUUGCAAAUACAGUGAUAAGAGCGUCACCCUUUGCCAGCCGCGGCUUUCAGACUCGACACGUGAACCAAACAUUUAGAUCGUCGAGCGGUGGGACGGGUUUGACUUUACUUCAAACGGACCGACCCUUUGAUCGUCUUCGGGACCGAACCCUAAAGAGACACUACUCUAUAAACACUGUAUGUCUGCCGCAAAUGAAUCAUUUAGAUCGUCGAGCGGUGGGACGGGGCCGGAAAUCCGAUAAUUUACAGAAAGCUAUACUAGAACUCUGGGCCUUUGAUUCUGUGUCAGUUGUGUUGUGCAAAGUCCCCAACUAUAAUAGACUGUGCGCCUCGUCUAUCAAAGGCCGCACUUGUCGGGGUGAUUCGGGCGGCGGUUGGGUUCAGUAUAACGACCGAUACGGGACUCAAGCGGUGGUUAUUGGGAUCCAUAAAAGUUCUGAUAUUCGCGUUAUAAAGACAGUUAUGAUUACAUAA